AUGUUAUUUACGUGGCUGGUUCUUCUGAGCAGUUGCUUCAUUUGGCAAAUGACGGAGACCCAGUUGAUUUAUAGGCUUAACAAAAUAGAAUGCCAGGUAAAUCAGUCGCGGGUAUCUAACGUUUCUUGCCAUGUGAAGGCAAUUAAUUGGAAUAUGGCGGUGGUGAACAUGGAUUGCUUCAUGAUUGUACCUUUGAUAAAACCAGUUGUUCGAGUACAGGUUUUUUGGAAGGACUACAGUAAUCAGUACAAGCCAUUUCUAGUCGAUGUGACCGUCAAUUUAUGCGAAGUGAUCGAAAGAAGGAACUUUAUCCCCUAUGGCGUCAUUAUCUGGAAACUUUUCAAGCGAUUCACGAAUGCUAACCAUUCUUGUCCUUUUUCGGGCCAGCUUACCGCCCGUGACGGAUAUCUGGAAACCAGUCUUCUUCCGCCGUUUCCCCAAGGAUUAUACUUAAUCAGUUUAGUAUUCAUGGAUACCAAUUCUACAAACAAGGACUAUGUGGGCACUAUGAAGUUCUUCCUUCAAGUAAUGGAACAGAUAAAAAGGAAGAAGAAACCCAGAUCCUAG